AAAGAAGCAAAUAUCCGAUUGACUAAAAAAAAUUAAUUAAAUAAAAAUAUUGAAUCCGUGGUGGUCCAAAUCACACAUCCAGAGGCGUGGUUGCCUAUCUUUUCGUCCUUCGCUCUCCGCCAAAUGUCUGCAACCUCCGCCAUACCUGCUUCAACUACCAUGUCCGCCGCUGCAACUUCUGCUUCCGCCUCCUCCUCCGCUCACAUACUCAGACUCAAUCACAAGCAGCUCAUUGUUUCGCUUCAUGGCAGAAGAAAGUCAAUUAGUGCAUCAUCCUCCUCCUUCUUCAGCACAUACCGAUUCAACUCCAGCAUUUCUAGAUCCUCCCGGAGAAUCUCUUAUCCUUCUUCCAUCAGGAUUAGACCGCUCUCUCCUGUCAUGGAAUGGCAAGAUGUCACAGUCAAAAUGGAAGUAGAUGUGCCCAUUUCAGUUGCUUAUAAGUGCUAUUCUGAUCGUGAGGCCAUUCCUGAAUGGAUGCCUUUUAUUUCAACUGUAAAGAUUUUGGAGGAUAAGCCUGACUUAUCAAGAUGGUCGCUGAAGUAUGAAGCUUUCGGGCAGAAUAUUGAAUAUUCAUGGCUUGCUCGAAAUAUGCAGCCUACGCCAAACCAGAAGAUCCACUGGAGAUCUCUGGAGGGACUUCCUAACAGGGGAGCUGUGCGAUUUUUUCCCAAAGGCCCAUCAUCCUGUAUCAUAGAACUAACAGUUUCAUAUGAAGUGCCUCAACUUUUGGUUCCAGUGGCAUCAGCAUUGAAACCAUUUCUUGAAAACCUGCUGUCGCAAGGAUUGGAACGCUUUGCAACAUUUGCUAGGAGCUACUCAGCUGACACACCUAAAUGAUUGCACUGAACUCAAUAGGUAGUCCAAGAAAUCCUUCCUCAUGGAUAAAGAGACACCAAUUUUUUCUUUGACUGGGCAACUUCGUGUGCUUCUGCCUUCACAUAAACGUUGUAGGUGUACCUAUUUCAGCUGAUUCAACUACUAGCAUGCUUAUAGUCAAGAGAUGUGCGAAGAUGUAGGGCAUAAUAACUCAUGAGCUCAAAGACGCAGGUUACAUUGUCAAUGUAAAUUGUUAUUACAUAUUAGGAGAAAGAACCGAAUUAGCUCUUCAACAACUGCGAAGGGAAAGUAUGGAGUAGGAAUACCAGUUUGUUGUUUAAUGAGAAUGGCAAAGGACCGCGUAUUCUGCAGUAAGUCGUCCUAGUUAAAAUCCAUUUUGCUGGCACCAUCAACAAGGAAUAGGCCUGUUGCAAUCUAGUUAUUACAAGGAGCAAAAAGUACCAAAUGUUCAUUAUGUACAUUUAAUAAAACGAGUAACAUAAGCUCGGCCAUAUGCUACUCAAACUUUGAAGCCACAUGAU